AUGCGUGACGGCACUGUUGGGGCUGCUCAUGAAAUAUGGACGAGUACAGUUGACAUGCUGGUGUCAGAGAGGAGCAGUCUGCAGCUGAUUGUGGACACACUGCAUGCCACACUCGACUACCACCAAGUUGGAAGGGGUCCCGCGAACUACAACAACAACGACAGUCACAGUUUACUCCGUAAUGGUGAUGGAAAUGUGUUUGCCUCUGAGGAGGAAGUGGUCGAACUGCUCGGCAUGCUGCCUCAAGUUCUUCGUAGUGCUGCCGACCCGGCCAUUCUGCAGCUGAAGGAGCGGCAACGGCAGUCCAUGACUAUUGCUGGCGUUGCACGUCCACCUCCGUUGUCGCGUCACGCCACAUUAUAUCGUCUUAUGUUUGCUCAGGCCGAAUCGUCCUUAUCUUCGUCCAUUGGCUCUGGGGAGUGUGGUGUGCUAGACUGCAUUGCACGUGUGCUCAUAAGCGGAGUUGGUACAAGCGGCAUGAGUUCAUCCGGGAUGCUUUCAGGAAAGCCUCGCCAGGUGUUUGUUACUGCUAAUAGAGAAAAGUCGUGGUUUACAGGAAAUGUCACAAUUGCAGCGCUUCGUUCGCUUGGUGAGAUUGUUGAAUUGUGUCUUCACGACACUGGAGAAGAGACACACGUUGGCGGAAGCAUUUCCAGUGCAUACUCUGGUCGCCGUAUGACGUUGUUGGGCGGCGAAGAUACGGUAGAGAAGUACAAAUUGCUGCUAGACGCACUCGGGAAAUCAUUGUGCCAAACCGGCCUUUUUGACCAUCUCUGGCACGCCCUUUUGUUUCACCCCGUCAUGAAUACGCAGCGUAUAGCGAUUGUGCGGGUACUUUGCGACGUAAGCCGCGUUGAUCUUUUGCGGCUUCCAGUUGUUAUUAAAAGAACGCGGCAUAUGAUGACCCCUGCUGUGUGGGGUGAGCGGGUCUCAGAAUGUAUUCUCUCCGAUCCCACCGCAAUGGUGAAGGAAUCUAUUGCCGUAAUGCUCUAUGAAGGACUACAGUCCGUGCUGGGGGCUGACCGUCGCGGUGACGACUAUGAUGAUCAUGUCUACUGGAGGCGUUGGCUGACAAACCGCUCGUUACGAUUUCUCCUGGGUGUUUUGGCAACAGGGGCCUCUCUUGCGGUGCUGCAGCCAGUGCUGGGUUCCUUGUUUUUAGUUCUGGAACAAGACCUGUGGGAGGGUGCAACACGACAGUUUCGAUCAGGAAGAUCUGUGGCGGAGCGUAUUGACGUAACAUCAAUUGUGGAGGUGUGUGCCACGGUACUGGUGCAUCUUUUUACCGGUCCAGCCGCCGUGAACGGACGAAGGUUUGACGAUGAUGGGGAUAAGCAGUUGAAAAGGUAUCGUUUUCUCGUUCGAGGUGCGGUGCGGUUGCUCCGCCUCGCGUUGAAAAGAGUUGAUCAACUGUUGGGCAGCCCAAACAUAGUUCAGCAGCCGAAGGGCGGCGGUGAUGCUGAGAAAGAGGCUUGUGCGCUUUUGAGUGCGUGCGUGGAGAAACAAGUGCUGGCCGCCGUAAUGAAGUGCUUGGAGAUGUCGCCGGAUGGGUCCAGCAUGUGUUCCUUCGUGACAAGGUCGAUGCGGGCGGAGAUGGUGCGGUUCGUACGUGACCUGCUCGAGCGAGCCUCCCCGCCACUGUUCUUCUUGACGUGCAAGCUGGUGCCUUACUUGCCAACGAUGCUGCAGAUAAUUUUAGAUGCAAGAGAGGAGGGCGUCUUGGAUGACCGUGACUGUUGCAACGCCGAUGGCGGCAGCGAUGCGCUUCCCUCUUCCCAGCUGUACGUGGAGGCGUUGUGUAGUGAUGGGGUAGAAAUGAUCUCUCUUCUCGGCAUGAUGUUGUGGUUCUCGCCGUCAGUGCGGGACCGCUUUCUGGACGUGCUUGCCUCCCUGCAGUUUACACCGGAACAACAGGGUGUCUUCUUCGACUCCAUGGAAUCAAUUGCCCGUUCUUUGCCGUCACAUGCCGUGAGGAAUCUCCUUAUUGUGGACGCGACUGGCACUUUGUUGAAUGAAGUGGGUCGGCUGCCGUGGCAAGGAGAGCAGCUGCAGACGGAAUCACUGGAGCGGUUGCUCCUACUGCAGCUGCAUCGUCAGCGGGAAUUGGUGAACCGAGAGAAAGUGGCAGACCGUUUUACUCCUGAAGGUCGGUGGAUGUCCGUGCAGCAGCAGCGGUGGAAACUGGGACCGCAGCACGGCUAUGCGAGCCGCGUGCUUGUGUGCUUCGUCCUGCACCAUCUUCGCAAUGGUUCCGGGAAGCGGGAAGUGGGUGACGACCACGACGACGAAGACGAAGAAGGGGAGGCCGGUGGUGUGUCUGUCUCGCCAAUUCAACCGAGCACCUGCAAAAGCACUGUGGGGCAACGUGUGGGUGGCAUCAUUGGUGAACCGCAGACGAUUCCCCGUUGCGGUGAUGAAAUCAUCCUUCUCAGGCCGCGCUGCACUCUGCCGUUGGGCCGUCAGGCGUCGCGACGUGGAGAGGAAGCGGAGGAAGAAGACGUCGAGGAGGGAAGCGGAUGCCACGAAAGUGCCAGCGACAAGUUGUGGCUGCAACGUGAGCUGGGCAGCCAUUCGCCAGACGCUUCACGACCAAAACUACAGCAAACGAUGGCAGUGCCGACGCGCAUUUCAGCUUCGGUGGCAAGUAGAAACGCAAUAGAUCCAUUAGAACGCGUGCGACAGCGGCAACUAGAGAGUAUUGCCACGGAGGAAAAGGCGUACCGGGUGGCCCUGGGGUUGUUUGCAUCCCUUGCGUCGCGAUACUACCGGCACCUCUUAACACCUCAGGCAGCCUUGGAGUACUUGCAUCGCCAGGAGCACGGGGCACCCCAGCGGAGACACGUAAACCCUGUCCCGCCCACACCGCCGUCCGCGAGAACAGGCGUAAACAACAGCAGCACCACAUUGCGUCUAUGGACGGCCCGCGAUGUGUGUCGGGAGGACCUCUUCUACUUCUCCCUUCCUCUUAGUGCAAUAUGUGAGGCAGCCAUAGCCGAUCUCGUGGAGCGGUGCAAGAGACACCGGCAGGCGCUGCAAAGAAAAUUACGAACCCUACCGCAUUCAUCGCGUGGACGUCGUUGGUUCUUGCAGGACGCGGCGACAAAUAUCAUGGGCCGCCUCAUUGCGCUCUUUCAGAUUCUCCUGCAUCACAUCCAGCGCGAAGGAGAGAAAGCAGUGCGGGAGGCAAUUGCGCAGAUGCCGAUUUUGCCUGAAGUUGAGGAUGAGGAUUUCGUAAACGAUUUGGCUGAGCGAUAUAAUUGCAGGUAUCUCACACUGCGGGAAUUGCAUGGUGGCACGCUUGUCGAGGUUACGAAGUUCAUUGUUCGAUGUUUUUCACGUCCUGCGGAUCCGGGUGGGGAAGACGCAACGGACUCUUCUUUCCGGCCGCGUAUGGACUGA